AUGGACGCCCUUCUUUUAUUUUCUUUCUUUCUUUCUUUCUUUUCUACCCUUUCUUUCUUUCUUUUUUCUUUUCUUCUCUUUCGUUUCUCUCCUUGUUUAUUUUAUUCCUUCCUUUCUUUCUUUCUUUCUUUCUUUCUUUCUUUCUUUCUUUCUUUAAAUUCAAGUCCGUUCUUUCUUUCUUUCUUUCUUUCUUUCUUUCUUUCUUUCUUUCUUUCUUUCUUUUACAUUAUUGUCUUUCUUAUUUUUGUCUUACAUUAUUGUCUUUCUUAUACAUUUUUCUUUCUUUCUUUCUCUCUUUCUUUCUUUCUUUCUUUCUUUCUUUCUUUCUUUCUUUCUUUAUUUCUUUUUUCUUUCAAUUCUAGUCUGUUCUUCUUUCUUUCGUUUAUAUCAUCUCUCUCUUUGUUUAUUUUUCUUUCUUUCUUUCUUUCUUUAAAUUCAAGUCCGUUCUUUCUUUCUUUCUUUCUUUCUUUCUUUCUUUCUUUCUUUUACAUUAUUUCUGUUCUUCUUUCUUUCUUUUAUAUCAUCUCUCUCUUUGUUUAUUUUUCUUUCUUUCUUUCUUUCUUUCUUUCUUUCUUUCUUUCUUUCUUUCUUGUUUUCUUUCUUUCUUGCCAUUCUAGUCCGUUCUUUCUUUCUUUAAACUCAAGUUUAUUCUUUCUUUCUUUCUUUCUUUCUUUCUUUCUUUCUUUCUUUCUUUCUUUCUUUCCAAGCCCUUUCUUUCUUUCUAUUCUAUUUUAUUUAUUUAUUCUUCCUUCCUUUUCUUCUUUCUUUCUGUUCUUCUCCUUUUUUCUUUCUUUCUUUCUUUUAUUCUUUACUUCUUUUUUCUUUCAAUUCUAUACCAAGGAAAAUCCUAGCCUUUCUACGUCACGCAGUCGUUCAUUUUCCCGCUUCCGUCUUCUAUCAAUUCGUCUAUUCGUUCUUCAUUUCAUUCUUUACCCCUUCUUAAUUUCUAACAUAAUUUCUCCUUCGAUGUUUGCUUCCUCUUUUCUCCCUUCUUUCUUUCUUUCUUUCUUCUUUCUUUCUUUAAAUUCAAGUCCCUUCUUUCUUUCUUUCUUUCUUCUUUCUUUCUUUAAAUUCAAGUCCCUUCUUUCUUUCUUUCUUCUUUCUUUCUUUAAAUUCAAGUCCGUUCUUUCUUUCUUUCUUUCUUUCUUUCUUUCUUUCUUUCUUUCUUUCUUCUUUAAAUUCAAGUCCCUUCUUUCUUUCUUUCUUUCUUUAAAUUCAAGUCCCUUCUUUCUUUCUUUCUUUCUUUCUUUCUUCUUUCUUUCUUUAAAUUCAAGUCCCUUCUUUCUUUCUUUCUUUCUUUCUUCUUUCUUUCUUUCUUCUUUCUUUCUUUCUUUAAAUUCAAGUCCCUUCUUUCUUUCUUUCUUUCUUCUUUCUUUCUUUAAAUUCAAGUCCCUUCUUUCUUUCUUUCUUUUACAUUAUUGUCUUUCUUAUUUUUGUCUUACAUUAUUGUCUUUCUUAUACAUUUUUCUUUCUUUCUUUCUUUCUUUAAAUUCAAGUCCGUUCUUUCUUUCUUUCUUUUACAUUAUUGUCUUUCUUUCUUAUACAUUUUUCUUUCUUCCUUUCUUUCUUUCUUUCUUUCUUUCUUUCUUUAAAUUCAAUCCGUUCUUUCUUCCUUUCUUUCUUUCUUUCUUUCUUCUUUCUUUCUUUAAAUUCAAGUCCCUUCUUUCUUUCUUUCUUUCUUUCUUUCUUUCUUUCUUUCUUUCUUUCUUUCUUUCUUUAAAUUCAAUCCGUUCUUUCUUUCUUUCUUUCUUCUUUCUUUCUUUAAAUUCAAGUCCGUCCUUUCUUUCUUUCUUUCUUCUUUCUUUCUUUAAAUUCAAGUCCCUUCUUUCUUUCUUUCUUUCUUUCUUCUUUCUUUCUUUAAAUUCAAGUCCCUUCUUUCUUUCUUUCUUCUUUCUUUCUUUAAAUUCAAGUCCCUUCUUUCUUUCUUUCUUUCUUUCUUCUUUCUUUCUUUCUUUAAAUUCAAUCCGUUCUUUCUUUCUUUCUUUUACAUUAUUGUCUUUCUUUCUUAUACAUUUUUCUUUCUUCCUUUCUUUCUUUCUUUCUUUCUUUCUUUCUUUAAAUUCAAGUCCGUUCUUUCUUUCUUUCUUUUACAUUAUUGUCUUUCUUUCUUUCUUUUACUUUUGUUUUCUUUCUUUUUUUUCUUUCUUUCUUUCUUUCUUUUUAAAUUCAAGUCCGUUCUUUCUUCCUUUCUUUCUUUCUUUCUUUCUUUCUUUCUUUUACAUUAUUGUCUUUCUUAUUUUUGUCUUACAUUAUUGUCUUUCUUAUACAUUUUUCUUUCUUUCUUUCUUUCUUUCUUUCUUUCUUUCUUUAAAUUCAAGUCCGUUCUUUCUUUCUUUCUUUUACAUUAUUGUCUUUCUUUCUUAUACAUUUUUCUUUCUUUCUUUCUUUCUUUCUUUCUUUCUUUCUUUCUUUAAAUUCAAGUCCGUUCUUUCUUUCUUUCUUUCUUUCUUUCUUUCUUUCUUUCUUUCUUUCUUUCUUUCUUUUACAUUAUUCAUAAGAGCGUUAUCGCUUCGUCUUUCUUUCUUUCUUUCUAUUCUUUCUUUCUUUUCUUUCUUUCUUUCUUUCUUUCUUUCUUUCUUUCUUUCUUUCUUUCUGUUAGGGUCCGAUUAUAAUCUUUCCUUUCUUCUUUCUUUUUUCUCAUACAUUAUUGUCUUUCUUCCUUUCCUUCUAAUGCAUAAUUGUCUUUCUUUCUUUCUUUCUUUCUUUCUUUCUUAUAAAUUAUUUUCUUUCUUUCUUGCACAUUAUUGUUUUUCUUUCUUUCUUUCUUUCUUUCUUUCUUUCUUUCUUUCUUUUCCUGAAACCAAACAACGCGUUUUGAAACAUCAUUAUCUAUCUAUCUAUCUAUCUAUCUAUCUAUCUAUAUUCAAUCUCUCUCUUUAUCUCUCUCUAGCUCUCACACACAACCAUAUAUACACUCUGUCUGUAUAUAUAUACAUAGAGUAUCUAUCUGUCUAUCUAUCUAUCUAUCUAUCCAAUUCUCUGUUCGUAUUUAUCUAUCUAUCUAUCCACGUAUCUAUCUAUCUCAGUGUAUGCAUAUCUAUCUAUCUAUCUAUCUAUCUAUCUAUCUAUCUAUCUAUCUAUCUAUCUCAUUCUGUUCGUAUCAUCUAUCUAUCUAUCUAUCUAUCUAUCUAUCUAUCUAUCUCAGUGUAUGCUUAUCUAUCUAUCUAUCUAUCUAUCUAUCUAUCUAUCUAUCUCUCUCUUUAUCUCUCUCUAGCUCUCACACACAACCAUAUAUACACUCUCUCUGUAUAUAUAUACAUAGAGCAUCUAUCUAUCUAUCUAUCUAUCUAUCUAUCUCAAUGUAUGCUUAUCUAUCUAUCUAUCUAUCUAUCUAUCUAUCUAUCUAUCUCAUUCUGUUCGUAUCUAUAUAAUUCUCUGUUCGUAUCUAUCUAUCUAUCUAUGUGCGUCUGUAAGAUAAAACGUGAACAGUUGAGCGAUGUGUGGCCCCCGUCAACGGGGGCGGUGGUGGGCGGGUGUUGUUCUCAAUCGAAGCCGUUUGGGGAUUUGGAAAUGAGAAAAAAAAAUUCUGGCCCAAACCUUGCUACUGUGUUCCAUUUCAGCAAAAUAUCGAUCGGCUUCUCAGCAUCAGUUGUUGUUGUUUUUAACUGUUGGAUGCCCGCUCCUCGUCGAUGUGUGUAUCAGGCGCACAGCCUCUUCUAUUCGUCCGCUUUUCUCUCUUCUCUCUUCUUUCCUUUCUUGCGACAUCGAAUCUUUCAUUUGAAUUUACUUUUUUCUUUGCAUUCCUUACAUCAUUACUUUCUUUCUUUCUUUCUUUCUUUCUUUCUUUCUUUAGCAUCAUCUUUCAAUUUUUCUUUCUUCCUUUUUCUGCAUAUCGUCGGCUUUCUUUCUUUCUUUCUUUCUUUCUUUCUUUCUCAAUGGUUUUCUUUCUUUAUCUAUUUUUCUAUAUAUCACGCCUUUCUUUCUUUCUUUCUUUCUUUCUUUCUUUCUUUCUUUCUUUCUUUCUAUAGCAUCAUCUUUCAAUUUUUCUUUCUUCCUUUUUCUGUAUAUCGUCGGCUUUCUUUCUUUCUUUCUCUCUUUCUCAAUGUUUUUCUUUCUUUAUCUAUUUUUCUAUAUAUCACGCCUUUCUUUCUUUCUUUCUUUCUUUCUUUCUUUCUUUCUAUAGCAUCAGCUUUCAAUUUUUCUUUCUUCUGUUUCUGUAUAUCAUCGUCUUUCUUUUUCCUUUCUUUCUUUCUUUCUUUCUUUCUCAAUGUUUUUCUUUCUUUCUUUUUUCUAUAUAUCCGCCUUUCUUUCUUUCUUUCUUUUUUGUUCGUCUUUCUUUUCUUUUUUCUUUCUUUCUUUCGCAUACAUUAUUGUCUUUCUUUCUUUUUUUAUACAUUAUUGUCGUUCUUUCUUUCUUUCUUUCUUUCUUUCUUUCUUUCUUUCUUUACAUAUCAUCUUUCUCUCCCGUUUGUCUUUCUCUCUUCAUCUUUCUUUCUUUCUCUCUUCUUUUAUAUAUAUAUGAUCAUCUCUGUUUCUUUCUGA